AAGGGCUGUUUAUGUCCUUCACCCUAUAGAGAAAGUUGGGGGAAGUGUAUUGUGAGGGUGGUUGGCUCAUGAAUGAAAGAGUAUGGGUAAGGCAAUCUAAAGAAGCGAAUGGCUGUCCUUGUUACAACCAGCACUCUCUGUUACCCCGCAAAUACAUCUUAUGUUCUUUUAGUUCUCUCUCCUCCAUACUCCAUAUUCUCUCUCUCUCUGUCUGCACUCUCUAAUUAAUGGCUACUCUUCAAUCUCUUGCAUUUUCACCUACACUUUCUCACACUUCGCAUCAGCCUCGCUCUCUUCUCGGAAUAGCAUGUGGGAGGGGUCAUCAAAGUGCAGGUUCUUCAUUCAAUGGCCAGCGCUUGUGCCUAUCCCGUUCACGUUUCACAUCCAAUAUCCAAAACCAGAAAAUGCGCAGACUAACUAUAAUGAUGGUUCAACCAAAAAUUCAGUUCAUACAAGGAACUGAUGAACAAACAAUACCAGAUGUGAAGUUAACCAAGUCAAGGGAUGGGACAAAUGGUAUGGCCAUUUUCAGGUUUGAUCAACCCUCCGUAUUUGAUUCAUCUGGUGAAGUCGGGGAUAUCACUGGAUUCUACAUGAUUGACGAAGAAGGAGUUCUCUCGUCAGUUGAUGUCAAUGCCAAGUUUGUUAACGGAAAACCUGCAGGCAUUGAAGCUAAGUAUAUUAUGCGGACUCCACGAGAAUGGGACAGGUUCAUGAGAUUUAUGGAGCGAAUGAAGGGUGGACACAUGACACUGACAGUGGAUGCUCAAGGAAACUGGUUCGGUGGAAUGGUCAGUUCCAAAGGCGUGUUCGGUGAAGCUCAACCCCGAUCGACUUGUUACGGAGAUCACAGAAUUACCAUCGUCGAAAGAAAAAGACGGAAACUCGUGGCUUGAAGACCUGAAACGACUUGUGUCCGAACAAAAUGACAAACACGUCAGAUAUGUUCAUACAUUUUCCUGCAAACAACAGAGUAAUAUUAGCAGGUGCAACUAAUGGUAUUUCCACGUGGAACGUGGCCACUGAACAUAGUAAUUAGGGUUAAGUGGGGCUCUUUUAUUACCUGUACUAGAUAUGGAAGCUCAUCCCAACACGGAUCCAAUAUAUGUUAUUUUUUAUCUUAAUUUAUAUGAUAUAAAUAUUAUAUUUUUAAUA